UGACCCAUCCGCUGACAGGUAUUCCGUACAGUACACGUAAGUAUACAUGUACACAGUGUGCUACACAGUACGAUAUAUGUUCAACGCUCAGCACGGACUGCUCCGUACGGUCAGAAUAAGGCGGUUUCCAAAUUUUGGGACGCGACCCGAGCGAACACGCAAGAUCGGCUCUCGUUGUCGUCUUCCCAAACCGGCCUCCCUUGGCACCCGACCAGCACAAUGGCUGCUGGGCUUUCAUUGACCAGACCGCCAACUUGUCUGGCGUGCCUGCGGAGACUGGCACAGCCGUUCGCUCACAGCAAUGCGGGCGCCGGCGUUGUUCCGUUGGUGCAGACCCGCGCGAAGUCCAAGCGGCUUCGACCUCGAGACCGAGGCGUGGUCGUCCGCUUGCUCGAGGACAUCCCCAAGUAUGGCCGCAAAGACUCUAUCUUCCGGGUGGAACGAGGGCGUAUGCGCAACGAUUGGUUUCCCGAGAAGAAGGCCGAGUACAUGACAGCCUCGCGCUUCCGGGAGCUUGGUCUGACACGCGACGACAUCGGCGAGCGGGACGCCAGCUUUGGCAUUGUCGCGGAUGUCGAAGUGGAAAAUACGCCUCAGUCCGCGGCGCCAACAACCGCUUCUCUCACCACUUCGCCCGAGAAGGCACACACCAUCUUGACCACCCUAAUUCCCGAGACUCUCAUCUUCCGCCGCAAACCGAUCCCGGCACCGGCCCCUGCUCCCAAGGCUCCUUCCGUUUCCCCCCUCGUUGCGCCGGCGAGCGCGGAUACCGCGCACGAUCCGACCGGCCCUGUCGCCAUCUUCGGCUCCGUGUCUGCUGCCGACAUCGUGGGCUACAUCAAAGGGGCGUUGGUUGAGGAUGCCGACGGCAGCCGCAUCGCUCUGGGCCCCGAGAACAUCCGCUUCUUAGGUCUCGCAGACGAUGCUGACAGGCUCAAGGCGCUGGGCCGUUGGGAGGUUGAGAUUUCGACUGGGGCCCCCGGCUUGGAACCCGUUCGCAAGACGGUCGAGAUUUUGCCCCUGAGCGGGGACUCGGGCGAAGGCGAUGCUCAAGCCGCUCGCUGAGCGAAGCAUGGCCCCGGUUCGCCGGGCAUCUCAUGCACGGCCAGCGUUGCCCGUCAGACGUGGUCCUGUGUCGUGUUUACUUGUAUCUAUUACCUGUAUACGAAGCCUCCUAUCUGCAACAAUGUUGUCAGAGAUGGGCAG